GUAGAGAUAUUCCGCAUCCGGGAAGCAAACUUCAGGAAGCCAGAAAAUCUAAAGUACCAGCUGAUGAAGCGUACGGAGUACUGACGUCCUCACGCAAAUGGCGCCGGCAAUGUUACCCAACCAUCAUUUUGUGGGUUAUACCAUGUAUUCGCAAAGCGCAUAUUGUUGGGGUCCAAAUCUUGUGGCCAAGUAUGCACUCUUUCCCACUGGGAAGCUGCAAGAAGAAUUGGCGAAGAAGGACAAGAUUGAUAAGAACUCGGAUCCCGAGCAGCACUCCAUCUGGCUGCGAGAAUUUUUUCAGCAAUACGAUGCGACAUAUGAUCUCCGGAUACAGCUCUGCGAGAACCUGAAGGACCAGCCGGUCGAAAAGUGCAAUUAUGAAUGGGACGAAAAGAAAUACCCGUUCGAGACGGUGGCUUCGCUGUUGUUCCCCAAGGGCCAGGACUGCUUUGAUAGUGCGAGACGGACAUUUUGGGAAAAUAAGAUGAAGCUCAAUGUCUGGUAUGGGCGCAAAGAUCAACAGCCACUGGGAAGUGUCAACAAACUCCGAAAGACAUUGUAUCAGGAGGCGCAAAAAUUCCGGGAUACGCUGAACAACUCUGAGUCGAUAUAUAUCAGCUCGGUUGACCAACUCCCCUGAAGUAGAGAGUAAGUCUGCGAGAAAAUCCGACAGAACACGUUCUCGUACUGGUGGAAUUUGCGAAGUGGCUGUACGGAGAAAGCUGCGACAUGAAAUUCGAAGUGAAGAAAGCUGUUUCUGAGAGAGUUUUGGUAGUUGUGUCGCCGGCACUGAGGUAUACUAGUAGUCAGGGGACAGAAUGUGG